CCCUUGUCUCCUAGAAAAUAGAAAGAAAGGGAAAGAAAGGGAAAGAAAGAAAAUACAAAAGAAACGCGGCGAUGAAGGAAUUUUUGUAGCAUUUCCAAUCCGUUGCUACUUGCCUGCAACGAAGUUGGCCUUUUCCAUCCGAUUUCAUCACUCUGCAAAUAAAUGAUUAGGGUCUCUUGUUUAGAAUUAGAUGGUUGAUUGGGCGGCAAUAGAAGGGAUAUUUGGUAGAAAUGCGGGAACAGAGGAGUUGGAGUCCUUUUAUCCCAUAAGACCAGAAUGCUUAGCUGAUAUUCCAAAGACCCGCUUUCGGCCUAGGGUAGGGAAAACACUUAGUUCAAGGAGAUGGCAUGCUGCAUUCUCUGAAGAUGGUCACCUCGAUAUAGAAAAAGUUCUUAGACGAAUCCAACGAGGAGGUAUUCACCCUUCAAUCAAAGGGUUAGUCUGGGAGUUCCUUUUAGGUUGCUUUGAUCCUAAUAGUACCUUUGAUGAACGGAAUCAGCUUAGAGAGCAAAGGAGGGAGCGAUAUGGCAUGUGGAAGACUGAAUGCCAGAAGAUUGUGCCAGUAAUUGGUAGUGGAAAGAUCAUUACAAAACCAAUUAUUACUGAUGACGGUCAACCAAUAGGAGUCGAAGGUGGUGAUGUGCCACCUGAUGUUUCAGACAAGAAAGUUGCUCAGUGGAUGCAAUCCUUGCAUCAAAUUGGUUUGGAUGUUGUCCGAACUGAUCGAGCACUUGUCUUUUAUGAGGAUGAAGCUAAUCAAGCAAAACUCUGGGAUGUUCUUGCUAUAUAUUCCUGGGUAGAUGCUGAUAUCGGUUAUGUUCAAGGAAUGAAUGACAUAUGCUCUCCAAUGGUAAUACUUCUUGAAGACGAAGCUGAUGCAUUUUGGUGUUUUGAGCGUGCAAUGCGCAGACUGAGGGAGAACUUUAGGUGCAGUACAACUUCAAUAGGAGUGCAGUCCCAGCUUGGUACACUUUCACAAGUAGUUAAAACUGUUGACCCUAAGCUUCAUCAACACCUUGAGGAUCUGGAUGGAGGGGAAUAUUUGUUUGCGUUCCGCAUGCUAAUGGUGCUUUUCAGGCGAGAGUUCUCGUUUGUCGAUGCUUUGUAUCUUUGGGAGGUAAUGUGGGCAAUGGAGUACAACCCUAAUAUCUUCUCGUAUUACGAGCAACCCGAUGCAGCUCUAGAUGACGAAACCACAGAACCAAUAGAUCCGAAGAUGCUUAAGCAGUAUGGUAAAUUCCAAAGAAAAAAUGUGCAGUGUGGACAUGCGGAUAAAACCAGCGCACUCUCGGUCUUCCUUGUUGCUAGCGUUCUUGAGACCAAGAAUAAACAGAUUCUAAAGGACGCCAAGGGUCUCGAUGAUGUCGUCAACAUAUUGGGUGAGAUUACUGGAAACUUGGAUGCCAAGAAAGCAUGUCAAAAGGCACUGAAGAUUCAAGACAAGUACUUGAAAAAGGCCAAGAAGUCAUAGGUGCAAUCUCAUCAAUCUUUUUAGAACUUCCUUUGGAACCUUUCCUUGCUUUUUCUUCCUUCCUUCAUUUUGUAAUUCUUUGUAUUCGUUUAGCUUUUGACAUUUUAUAUUCUAAAUGUCUCACUUUUAUUUUCUAAUUUGCCUUCUCAUGUAUCUCAACUAUUUACAGG